AUGGCUUCGGAAGGGCUUUCAUACAUCAUUGUCGGCGCAGGUGUUUUUGGUGUUUCUACUGCCUAUCACCUGAUCCAGAGAUAUCCCCAUGCGUCAGUAACCAUUGUCGAUCGGGACGCAUAUGACGCAGAAAGCCGUGUGGCUGCGUCGUGGGAUUGGAACAAGGUGGUGCGCGCCGAUUACGAUGACAUUGUCUACUGCCAGCUCGCUCUAGAGGCCCAGGAUAUCUUCAAGUCGGACCCUCUGUGGAAGCCGUACUUUCACGAGACGGGCAUUUACUGGAUGUGCCGCAGCGACUAUGCGCAGGAUGUCAUCAACAACUACAAGAAGCUCGGCCGCACGGCUGAUCUCCAGGCCGUGCCAAUUGAGGAGGCUCGCAAGCUGUACGGCGGUCUUUUUGAGGACGCCGACUACACUGGUGUCAAGGAGGUGCUCGUCAACAAGACUAGUGGAUGGGCGGCUGCUGGCGACGCCCUGAGGGCCGUGACCAAGAGGACCCUGGAGCUGGGCGUCAAGUACCACGUGGGCGAAGUUGGCUCAUUGCAGUUCGACCUGGACGGCAGAUGCACUGGAAUCAAGACGACGAGAGGAGAGGUUUUGAGCGCUUCCCACACCAUUCUGUGCACGGGAGCCUACACGCCAAAGUUGCUGGAAUACAGCGCCCAGAGCAGCGGCAUCAAGGAUAUUAGCGCCGGUUCUCGAAUCGUGGCCGGAGGCAUUACAACGGGAAUGACCAAACUGGACGACGAAUCAUACAAGCGAUAUGCGCAAAUGCCGGUUGGUGUUCAGGGAUAUACAGCCGCCACAGGUCCCUUUAUUGGCAGUCUCCCACCAACAGCGGACAAGGAGCUCAAGUGGUGGGGACAAACCAUUUUCAGAGACACUCGAGAGGUGCUACCCGGCCGCUUCCUCUCAGCGCCGCCCGCAGAGCCAGACUAUGCCCAGUGGAAGGUUUCUGCCAAGCUCAAGGAGGACAUUGACUUUGCCAAUCAGGUCUUUUAUGGCAAGAAUGGUGCCUCGUGGAAAAUGGAGAAGCACCGAAUUUGCUGGGAUGCAUUCACAACGAGCUCUGAUUUCAUCAUCUCGCCUCAUGCCGGUGCCAAGGGUCUGUAUGUUGCGACCUGCGGAAACUUCCACGGAUACAAGUUCUUCCCAGUACUUGGAAAGUAUGUCGUGCAGAUGAUUGAGGGUUCGCUGGCUCCCGAGUUGGUGCAGAAGUGGGCUUGGGACCGCGAGCGCCCGGAUCCGUGCUUGAACCCUGACUGGCCGAGAUUUGAGAUGAAGGAUCUCUUGGACGUUGAGAGGACUUCAAAGUUAUAA